GCCUGACGUUAGUGUCCGGAAGGGUCGGGUCCUGAGGCAUAAGUUGAAUCAACGUUUCGUUCCUCCGCUUACGUAGUUUCUCUCCGCUUUCCUCUUCCAUCCGAUCAUCCAACUCAACUCCAACUCAAUUCAAUUUAAUUCAGCUCAACCAUCCUCCUUCCACCUUACUGACCAUUGCUUUGCAUGGUUGGUUGCAUGAGCUGGGUUCAUCCAGUCACUCAUGUAUAACUAAUUCUGCUCGACCUAGUUCCUUUCCAACUUUCCCGGAAAUCUACGAUUCCCAGCGGACAUCCAGUGACAUCACAUCACGCGUUCUCGCUUCGCAGCACCCCUGCCGUACGUGGCAACCCUCAUCGCUUUCAAGCUUAUACCCCGACCGGAACUCUAGGAUUUUCUACCUCGUCAAUUACUUGCCUUGUAUGAUUCCGAGCAACCCUCAAUCAGACACUUCCCAUCCACCUCGACUUGCCGAUCCUGUCUCCAACCAUGCGGGGGCUCCGCUUAAUCCCCGUCUUCGCUAGCCUUGGCUCUUUCCUCGUACCACAGUCGUUAGCUCAGGCUGAGACUACAGUUCAUGAGAAGGGGCGUUGUGCUAUUCGGGGCCACUGUGGGAAGAAGUCAAUCUUUGGUGGAGACCUACCCUGCCCGGAUAACGGUGUCGCAGAGGAACCGGAAACAGCGGUGAGGAAGAAGCUCGUGGACUUAUGUGGUAGCAAGUGGGAAGAAGGUCCGGUGUGCUGUAAAGAUGAACAGAUCGAUGCGCUCUCUAGAAAUCUAAAGCUUGCCGAGGGUAUCAUCGCGUCUUGCCCUGCGUGUAAAGAGAACUUCUUUAAUAUCUUCUGUACUUUUACCUGUUCUCCUGACCAAUCUCUCUUCAUCAAUGUCACGCAGGUCGAAGCCAGCAGCUCUGGAAAGUCCCUGGUGACCGAACUAGACAACAUCUGGUCGGAGGAGUAUCAAAGUGGCUUUUACGACAGCUGCAAGAAUGUGAAGAAUGGAGCAUCAGGCGGCAAAGCCAUGGACUUUAUCGGCGGCGGUGCGAAGGAUUACCCGCAGUUUUUGAAGUUUCUGGGAGACAAGAAGCUUCUGGGUAGCCCCUUUCAGAUUAACUUCAAAACCGAGCCUGCUGGUCCGGACCCGCGGGGCAUGCAGCCUCUGCCCAUCAGACCCAAGGCAUGCAACGAUUCGGACGAAGUCUUCCGUUGCUCCUGUGUGGACUGCCCGGAUGUAUGCCCACAAUUGCCUGCCGUGGAAACGGACAAGCAAUGCCAUGUGGGCCUUCUGCCUUGUCUGUCGUUCGCCGUCAUCAUUAUUUACUCCGUGUUUCUGCUGUUCAUUGUGGCCCUUUCUAGCUACUUCACGUAUAAAGAACGUCGCCACCGGAAACCGGAACGAGUCCGACUUCUGCAGGACCCGACCCCGAGCGACGAUGAAGACGAAGGGGAUAUUGUUCGUGCUGGGGGCUAUCUGGAGCAACCCAAUGGUAUAUAUAAACUGAACUCAGCGCUGGACCGUAUAUUUAAUCGGAUUGGGGGCGCAUGCGCUCGGUUCCCCGCCAUCACCAUCGUGUCGAGUAUCCUAGUAGUGGGGCUGUUGAGUCUGGGUUGGCUGAGGUUCGCUGUGGAGACCGACCCGGUGCGAUUGUGGGUGAGCCCUACCUCGGCAGCCUUCCAGGAGAAGCAAUACUUCGACGCCAACUUUGGCCCUUUUUACCGGGCGGAACAGGCUUUCCUUGUCAAUGACAAUGGCCCGGUGCUUACCUACGAUACCUUGAGUUGGUGGUUUGAUGUUGAGUCCCGAGUCCGCCGGAUGAUAUCGCUAGAUCGUGGGCUGAUUCUGGACGACAUUUGCUUCAAACCCACGGGUGACGCCUGUGUGGUGGAGUCUGUAACUGGUUACUUUGGUGGUUCCAUAUACAACCUUGACCCGGACACCUGGGAAGAACGUCUGAGACAUUGUACCGAAUCCCCAGGUGAUGUGAGCUGUCUUCCUGAGUUCGGGCAACCCCUGAAGCCGGAAAUGAUUCUGGGCGGGUACGAAGAUUCGGGGGAUGUGUUUGACGCUCAAGCGCUGAUCGCUACAUGGGUGGUCAACAACUACGCCCAAGGGACUGAAGGUGAAGCCAACGCGAUAGACUGGGAAGGCAGCUUCAAACGCAUUCUAGAGGUUGUACAAGAGGAGGCUAAGGAACGUGGUUUGCGUGUGUCCUUCAACGCCGAAAUCAGCGUUGAGCAAGAAUUGAAUAAAUCCAGUAACACAGACGCCAAGAUCGUUGUCAUCAGCUACAUUAUCAUGUUCAUUUACGCAUCUCUAGCUCUGGGCUCGGUCACUGUGACGUGGAAAUCAUUGCUUACGAAUCCUGCGAACGCCCUCGUUCAAUCGAAGUUCACUCUGGGCAUUGUGGGAAUCGCCAUCGUCUUGAUGUCGGUUUCCGCUUCUGUGGGGUUAUUCUCUGCGACAGGUGUUAAGGCGACCUUAAUCAUCGCGGAGGUCAUCCCUUUCCUUGUUCUCGCUGUCGGCGUGGACAACAUCUUUUUGAUUGUUCAUGAAUUCGAACGGAUCAACGUCAGCCACCCGGACGAAGAGAUCGAUGAGCGAAUUGCUCGGGCUGCGGGCCGAAUUGGCCCUAGUAUUUUCUUGUCUUCCCUUACAGAAACGGUUGCAUUCGCGCUGGGUGCUUUCGUUGGAAUGCCUGCCGUUAAGAAUUUCGCCGUCUACGCCGCAGGGGCUGUCUUCAUCAAUGCCGUUUUGCAAAUUACCAUGUUCAUAUCCGUGCUUGCGCUGAAUCAGAGACGUGUGGAAAGCCUUCGGGCGGAUUGCUUCCCUUGCAUCACGGUUCGUAAAGCGCACUCUGGGAUGGCUGAAGAUCAGGUAUUUGACGAUCAAGAUGGGGAGAGCUUUCUGCAAAAGAUUAUUCGCAAAGUAUACGCAAGCUUCCUUCUCACACGCAAGGUCAAGGUUGUUGUUAUAAUUGUGUUCCUUGGCAUUUUCACCGCUGGUUUGGCGCUCAUUCCCGAGGUGUCCCUUGGCUUGGACCAGCGUAUCGCGCUGCCCAGUGACUCUUACUUGAUCCAAUAUUUCGAUGAUUUGAACGCGUAUUUUGCAAGCGGGCCUCCAGUAUAUUUCGUGACCCGCAACGUGAACGUGACUGCGCGUAGCCAUCAGCAACAGCUCUGUGGGCGGUUUACGACUUGUGAAGAGUUCUCGCUGCCGUUCGUCUUAGAACAGGAGUCUAAACGACCCGAGGUCUCUUAUAUAGCCGGUUCUACUGCGAGUUGGAUUGAUGACUUCUUCUACUGGCUCAAUCCCCAGCAGGAUUGCUGCAAGGAGAAUGGCCAGCUUUGCUUUGAAAACAGAAACCCACCGUGGAAUAUUUCCCUCUAUGGCAUGCCGGAAGGCGAUGAAUUCAUUCGCUACGCUGAGAAAUGGAUCCAAGCCCCCACAGACGCAUCUUGUCCACUUGGGGGUAAGGCCCCGUAUAGCCAUGCUCUUGUCAUCGACUCGAAGCGAAUCAUGACCAACGCCAGCCAUUUUAGAACGACACAUACUCCUCUCCGGACACAGGAUGACUUCAUCAACUCAUACAAAGCGGCUCGUCGCAUUGCACGGGGUAUCUCCGAAGAGCAUGGCAUCGAUGUGUUCCCCUACUCGAAGACGUACAUUUUCUUUGAUCAGUACAUCUCCAUCGUUCAGCUCACUGGUAUCCUCCUCGGAUCUGCGGUUGGCAUCAUCUUCCUCCUGACCUCCACCAUCCUAGGCUCCGUUGCCACAGGGGCCGUGGUGACUGCUACAGUUGUGAUGACUGUGGUGGAUAUUAUCGGAUCGAUGGCCAUCUCCGGGGUGUCCCUGAAUGCCGUGUCCCUGGUGAACUUGAUCAUUUGUGUUGGCAUCGGGGUGGAGUUCUGCGCCCAUAUCGCCCGCGCGUUCAUGUUCCCCUCCCGGGUUAUCUUGGACAGGGUGCCCACCAAGUUCCGGGGCAAAGAUGCGCGGGCUUGGACCGCGUUGGUCAAUGUCGGCGGCAGUGUUUUCAGCGGCAUCACAGUGACGAAAUUACUCGGGGUCUGUGUCUUAGCCUUUACCCGGAGCAAGAUUUUCGAGAUUUACUAUUUCCGCGUCUGGUUGGCGCUGAUUCUGUUCGCGGCGACCCAUGCGCUCAUUUUCUUACCGGUUGCUCUUAGUUAUUUUGGCGGUGAAGGAUAUGCCGAUCCUGGAUCGGAUGGAGGACUCGAAGAGAACCUUGCCUCCCGUGGCUACCGAUCUUUGCUGGUUGACGAAGAUUACGACUCGGAUGGUUAUUAGAGAUGCAGUGCAUACGAUACUCUGAUACACUGAUUGCUUGAUGACUUUACGGAAUGCGAGUCCAGGAGUACCGUUCAGUUCUACCAUUAUUGCUCGCGCUUAACUGUGACAGGGAGAGAUGGAGUUAUUGGGAUGGGAAUGGUGUUGGGAAUUGGAUAGUUCAGUUAUCUUGUCAUUCUUUGGGCUCUUUGCGGAUAGCGAGACUUUAUUCGAUGCCACUCUGAUCGAAGUACACGGUUAUGCAUAGAGAUCAUAAUAUAUAUUGAAGUCUUGUUAUUUAUUCUAUUGAUGUUCCUGUUUUUGAUUUUGCUGAGUUGGGUAGCGACACGUGAGUCCACGCA